ACCUCAGCACUGGGCACAGAGAAAUCAUCAUCAUGACAGAUGGCUACCUGUGGUUUGAAGGGUUACCUUUCCCCCGUGUUGGUUGGAGCUGUGAAGGCCUAAAAGAAGCAUGUACUAAAUUUGUGAUAAAGGACGAAGAUACAGUAAUGGUGUCAUACCCUAAGUCAGGAUCCCACUGGGUGAUUGAAAUUCUCUGUCUGAUUCACUCCAAAGGGGAUACCAAGUGGAUUCAAUCUGUGCCCAUCUGGGAAUGCGCACCCUGGUUAGAGACAGAUGUGGGCUAUAAAAUGUUAAAUGAGAGGGAGGGCCCACGGCUCCUGGCCUCUCACCUUCCCUUCCAUCUCUUCCCCAAGUCUUUAUUCACUUCCAAGGCCAAGGUGAUAUAUCUUAUGAGAAGUCCCAAAGAUGUUCUUGUGUCAGGUUAUUAUCAUCGGACUGUGACAAAACUGACUAAGAACCCAGAGUCACUGGAACAAUAUUUUCAAUGGUUCUUGGAAGGAAACGUGUCCUAUGGAUCAUGGUUCGAGCACGUUCGUGGCUGGAUGUCCAUGAGAGACAGGGAGAAUGUCCUGCUGCUGAGUUAUGAAGAGCUGCAGAAGGACCCAAGAAGCACCAUAGAGAGGAUCUGUCAGUUCCUGGGAAAGAAGUUGGGUCCAGAAGAACUGGACUCAGUUCUCAAGAACAGCUCCUUCCAAGUCAUGAAUCAAAACAAGAUGUCCAACUUUGAAAUACUGUCUGAGACUUUCACUACUAAGAAUUUCAAAAUCACUAGAAAAGGCAUCUGUGGGGACUGGAAGAAUCACUUCACAGUGGCCCAAGCUGAAGCCUUUGAUAAAUUUUACCAGGAGAAGAUGGCGGGUUUCCCCAAAGGGCUGUUCCCAUGGGAGUAAUGUCCUCCCCAAAUGCCAGAUUUUAUAUGGAUACUGACAUUGGUUUCCCAUCCUUGGACAUGUAUACAUCUUGAUGGUUCUUAAGAUAAAACACAUUUCUAAAAGGAAGGGGGAAGGAAGGUUAGGUAACAUAAACAGCCAGUGAAAUAUAAAAUGAUAGAUGAGAAAAAGGAAGUCUAGUCCUAUAGAGAAAGGACAAUGGGAGAGGGAGGGUCCUGGCAGGGAAAGUGGGAUCAUGCACUAAAAUGGAUUCCCAUGCACCAAGGAGUUUUUCCAAAUGAACCCAACAUAUGUGUACGUACAAAGCUGUGACAAAAAAUUUAAAAUGUGCUUCUUCA